CUGGACAACCACCGCACACGCGUGCAACCGCAUCUCCCUCGACCACCCGAACAGGCCCAUUUCCUCUCCUGGCUCACUACCACCAGUUGCCCGAGGAAGAGAUCUGUUCAAAGGUCGACCAUCACGUCACCAUCAUCCGCAAGGUCAUCAUCGUAUAGCGCGGGUGAGAGCAAGAGCACGCGGACAAGAUGAACAUCUUCGGGCUCGGGUCUGGAAAGACCAAGACGUUCCGCCCCAAGCGCGGGAAGAAGAAGCGGCCGGGCUUGGCAUCGGGCGCGCCAGACAUGGGCGAGUUCUCCUUUGCCAACCUCCGGGCCGAUCUCCGCAAGUUUGUCGUCCUGCCCGAGUCGCAGUGCGAAGAAGAGUGGCUUGCCGUCCACACGCAGGACUUCUUCAACCUGACAAACAUCCUGUACGGCACGCUUUCGCAGUACUGCACGGAUGACGCCUGUCCGGUCAUGUCUGCUGGCCCGCUGUACGAGUACUGGUGGCGCGACGAGGUGAAGAAGAAGGCGCAGCAGGUCUCUGCCCCGGUCUACGUCGACUCACUGAUGCAGUGGAUCGAGGACCAGAUGGGAGACGAGGCCAUCUUUCCGUCGCCGGCCACUGUCGCCGACGUCGCCGCAGGCGGCUCCGCCGCGUCGUCGACGGGCGGCGAUGCCCAGUCGCCCGAUCAGGAGCUGGCUGCGGUCGCCCUCGCAUCCAAUGCCUUCCCGCCCAACUUCAAGUCGGUCGUCAAGAAGAUCUUCUCGCGCCUCUUCCGUGUCUAUGGCCACAUCUACCACACCCACCUCCAGCACAUCAUCGCCCUCGACCAGGAACUGCACCUCAACUCAGUCUUCCUCCACCUUAUUUUCUUCAUCCAGGAGUUCAAGCUGGUCGAAAAGAAGGAGCUCGAGCCUCUCAACGAGGUCAUUGACCGCCUCGUCUCUGCUGCUGACGCCGAGACCACCGAAGAGUCAUCCACCACCGGCUGAUCGUUAUCGCAGGCAAUAUCCAUACAUGCCGUCAUACCCACCGAACUGUUGCCAACACGUAUGAACACAUUGUUGAUCUACAA